GCGCCACAUGAUCGUGCCGCGCACCUCUUGCUUUCUCUGAGUCUCUGGGACCUCGGAUUUACCUUCUACGCAUGAAGUACGGAGCCAAAAGUGACAAGGUAUAACGCUGUUGUAUGCCACGCACGCGGUUGUGAGUGGUCCGAGUCGAGGAGUUCGAAGCAAUGUAAGCCCCAAGGUCGCGGCCUCAUAUGCUCGCAUCAGCCUUCGCCAGCCAUAGCUCAGUACGCAGAUGGCCUAUACUUCUAUAGUGUCGCAGGCCCGGAACGCCAAUAUCUUCUUUUGGUGGCCUUCCUUGGCCGAACCUGAGGUCAUGGCUUGCUGGGACUCGAGUGUUGUUGGGCCUGUAACAGCGAAGUGGGUUCUCCGCUGGGUCAAUAUGAUCGCCCCUCCAAUUGCUGGCGGCGCUGGCGUUAUGGAGGUUAGACGCGUGUCAUUGGAACAGGACGAAGUAAUACGGUUCAAGUACCAUCUCUUUCCGGAGGAAACCAUGAUACCCUCUGCAGUCUUGGAACCGGGAGUCUAUGGAUGCUACUACAUGCCAGACAAAGAAUUAGAAUUCGACCGUGUAGGAUCUCUCCUGAAUAGUUUCCAGAGUACAAUAUCGAUGGCGGAUUUGAAGAAAGACCUCGAGACCGAAGAACCAAAGACUUCUGCCGGGACGGGGUGCUUGAAGCGGUACAUCAUCCCCACUGACUUACUUGCGGAGGCUUCUAGUCAUGAUGCCGACGGCAACUGCGUUUUCAUGGGAUAUAAAGGCAAGAACAGUCAAUAUCCCGUGGAACUGCAUUGGAUAUUCCCUCCAGGCAUGGCUCGCUUCCGUACACAUGGUCCCAAGAUGCUGACAACAGAGGAAUUCCAGAACGCCCAGAAUCUCAUGACGGUGCGGAGUGACAUCUGCCAUCUAUGGCACUUAAACGCAUUCAGCGUAGACGUCGAUGAUGAUUACCGGAUCCGCGUCUUCGACAAGAGGGCUACCAACGUUGGCUUACCUGCUCGUAUCGACCCGGUAUUGAACUCCGCCGCAGAACGUUUCUUCCGCGAGCAUUUCCGAUUCACUCUGUCCGUCAACUGGGGUGGCGGGGACGCAUAUGAUGAAUUUCCUCUGAGGCAUGCACCAGAGGCCCCCGUCGUCGAUGAUACAAGUACACCUAGCUAUAGCGACUCGGAUGAAGGAUCCGGCGCCACAGACAGUGAGCCGGAGGACUUCGCGUUCGAAGUCACCGCCAGACUGGAGGCUCUACACGGCUGAUCAAUGCGUGCGUGACAGCGGCGAAUUGUGAGCGAUACAUACGAAAACAUACACAUGUAUACUCCGUUGUACUAACCUCGUCAAUGUGCAAUGGUGAUGAGUUCCAUACCUAUGACAGGUAUUAUCCCUCGUUCUCGUAGCGCUGAGGCUGGUAGGUUGAAUCUCGUCGUGACCGAUGAUGGCAUUGCGGUGCGCACACCGUCAUGUCGCAGCAGCGACAAGGAGACGUUCGUGAUUCACGACAUCGAGCGGCUCACUGCGGUACCAUGCCAUAGCAUGCUUAGCGAUCCUCGUAUGCCCGGCCGGC